GGUAAGAGCGAUAGUUCACUGUUUGUUCAACUACCUUGAUAACUGCCAAGACACAGAUACUGAGUUGAAUAUAAGUUAUAUUGUAACUUAAAAAUAAAAGUGAGCUUCAACGUUCAAGGAAGAAUAACCCUAAUCAGUCAAGAUGUCCCUUGCUGAUGAACUGCUAGCCGAUUUAGAAGAGGCUGGAGAGGCUGAAGAUGAUCAAAUGCUUCAACAGGACAAUACUAUCCAGGAGAUUGAUGAUGUCACAACAGAAAUUGAAACACAUUUAAAGUCUGUUCGUGCUAUUGCUAAACUCAGAGACAGUGAGCAGCUGGAAAGGGUAAUGAAAGAAAUUGAAGAUAGAUGUCAGGCAGAUAGAAAAGAAGGAGUUGUUGGACCUGUAGAAGCAGAUCCAGAAUAUCAGCUGAUUGUUGAAGCCAACAACCUUGCUGUUGAAAUAGACAAUGAAAUCAGCAUUAUUCAUAAAUUCACUAGAGACAAGUAUUCCAAGAGGUUUCCGGAGUUAGAAUCUCUUGUGCCUGGUGCUUUGGAGUAUGUUUCAACAGUUAAGGAACUAGGCAAUGAUCUAGACAAAGCAAAAAACAACGAGACAUUAUUACAGUUACUGACACCAGCAACUAUCAUGGUGGUCAGUGUUACAGCUUCUACAACGCAGGGCCAUCUACUUUCUCAAGAUGAGCUCAGUAUUAUUUUUGAAGCUUGUGAUAUGGCAAUGGAGCUAAACAACUACAAACUUCAGAUCUACAACUAUGUGGAAUCUAGAAUGUCCUUCAUUGCCCCGAACUUAUCAGUCAUUGUCGGAGCAUCUUCGGCAGCUAAAAUAAUGGGUGUUGCUGGAGGUCUGACGAACUUGUCAAAAAUGCCAGCAUGUAAUGUACUGUUAUUAGGAGCUCAGAAAAAGACGCUUUCUGGAUUCUCGACUACUGCUAUUAUGCCUCACACUGGUUUUAUUUAUUUCUCCAGCAUUGUACAGAACACACCAACUGAUCUUCGGCGAAAAGCCGCUCGCCUCGUGGCAGCAAAGUGUACCCUGGCAGCCCGAGUGGACAGUUUCCAUGAAUACAUUGAUGGCAGAAUUGGGAACAACCUACGAGAGGAGAUAGAGAGAGCACUAGAUAAACUACAGGAACCGCCACCAGUGAAGCAAGUGAAACCUCUUCCAGCUCCCAUUGAUCAAGCCAAGAAGAAGAGAGGUGGUCGAAGGGUGAGAAAAAUGAAAGAAAGAUAUGCCAUCACAGAAUUGAGGAAGCAAGCCAACAGAAUGAACUUUGGAGAGGUUAGUUCAGAAUUCUUUCAUAUCUUUCAAUAUAAUAAGAUGAAGUGGUUCAGAAAACUGUACAUCAUAGAAUCUUAUCCAUUGAUGGCUAUAAAAUACUUCGAUAAGUGUGUGGUUGAGUCGUUAGGUCUUGAGAUUGUGAAUCCACAAGCAGCAGAGAAGAAAGUUAGUGAAGGAAAUGUUAAAUACUUCUCGAACACAGCUGGAUUCUUAAGAGUUCAGAAGGAAUAA